UAUUGAUUAGUUAUAGCUGAUCUAUAAAUCACAAGUAAAUGAUGUAUUAGCAAUUAAUCCAACUAUUGAUUACGGCUUAUAAACCCUCUUUAAAUAGUGCCUUACCAAAAAGUGGCACCAAAAAGUCAUCAAGCUUAAUUUAAAGUGAAUUUGGUUUAACCAAAAAAUUAGAGAUACCAGUUUUGCCAGCUUUUGGUGUUUCAACCAUUGGAUUACUGACAUUUAAAAAAAGACCAAAAAAAAAAAAAGGUUGGUCAUUUAGUUUGCCCAGCCCUCUUCCAGUGGGUGGAGGGGGUGUUUUUACUGCAAUGUAAUAUUGUCUAGACAGCACAGAGAUGACAGGGAUGCACAUUGGUUUUGUCACUGGUCCAUAACCCACGAUGCUUGUUGGCUUCUUCUCCCUGCUCCUCCUCACAGGUAUGGUUUCUGAGCGUCUAAUCAAGAGUAAUGUGGACAGUGAAUUAUUUUCUACGAGCUUAUCCUCCUCUAAUGUUUUGGAAUAGGGGCAGAAAUAUCAGAAUCUGGACCUGUAAUUUGAGAAGUAUCUAUGGCUGGAACUAAAAGAGAAAAGUUUUUUGUUUUGUUUUUUUACUUGAGCAAGCGAAUCCUAUAGCUUGUAAAUUUAUUACAGCUUAUAUUAAAGAGGGACAUAUGAUUGCAAAAGUAAUUUUCUGAAUCUGGUUUUUGUUGUAUUUAGUGGUAUACAGCAAAUGGAUCUCAAAUGGAGAGCUUUAGACCCAGAGGACUGUGAAAGUCGUUUAGUGGUCAAGUAGAUAAGCUGGUCUGCAGACAUCCAUCUUUGACCACUAGCACUUGAUAAUAAUUGCAGAAAUGUGAGCUGGUGUUUACAAUUUACUGACAUGGAAAGACUGAUUAAAAAAAAAAAUCCUGAUUUGGACAGAUGUUUUUUUUUCUGUUUGGACAAUCAACAUGUGGAACAUUUUACCAACAGAACUAAAAAUGACUCAUUAACACUCAAACUGAACCAGUUUUAAAGAGAUUUUUCUGUGCUUUUGUGUUUUUUGUGGUUUUAUGUAUUUUAAAUGUUUGUCUAAGGAGGGGUGUGGCAAAUUACAUUCAGCUAUGAAUACUGCUGCUAUACAACUAAUUUAUUAAUUUUUAACAUCAUUGUCUCUCACACUGAAUGUGUCUUGAUGUUUUCAGCUGUGGAGUCCUCUGAGACUGUGUGUAGUUAUCAGGAUGUUUUAAACUACCUCAACUUAACCAAAAGCAAUGAACUGUACUCAAUGACACGGCCAGUUAAAGACUACAAACAGCCCACAACGGUCUCUCUGCAUGUUCUGCUUUAUGCCAUUCUAGAUGUGAGAGAGAUCGACCAGACAUUCAUUCCUUACGUUUGGAUUUUCAUGUCCUGGCAGAACCAGUACAUCUCAUGGAAUCCUAGUGACUUCUGUGGUAUCAGCGGAGUUUCUCUUCCCACUGAAGUUUUGUGGAAGCCAGAUCUCACUAUUGAAGAGAUGACAGAAAAGGACAAAGCCCCUCCAAGUCCUCAUCUCACCAUCUUCAGCACCGGUGUCAUCCUUAUUCAGAAUGACCAGGUGCUCGUCAGCACCUGCAGGAUGCACGUUUACAAAUUCCCCUUCGACACUCAGACCUGCACCCUCACCUUCAAGUCUGUCAUACACUCAGUUGAUGAAAUACAGCUUGUUCACGACACCAACUCUUCACAGGCCACUGAGUGGUCUCGCGAGGUGAUGCGAACCCAGUACGAGUGGCUGUUCAUUGACAUGACAGUCUCCAACCAAACUGUCACCAAGUUUGGCUUGGAACAAGAUGUGAUAAUGUACACUAUCAGCAUGAAGAGGAGGUCAGUCCUCUACAUCGUCAACUUCAUAUUACCUGUCUUGUUUUUCUUGGGUCUGGAUUUGGCCUCCUUCUUGAUCUCAGACAACGGGGGCGAAAAGCUGGGCUUCCAGGUCACUGUGCUGCUCGCUGUCACUGUGAUGCAGCUUAUUCUGAAUGAAAUCCUGCCGUCCUCGUCAAACAGGAUCCCACUUAUAGCGGUCUACUGCAUUGGGAUUUUUUCUUUGAUGAUGCUCAGCCUCUUGGAAACGAUUCUGGUGCUGUAUCUGAUAGAGAAAGACAAUGAGGCCGAUGAGGACCAACGCCUGUGUGAGGACUGUGGGGGAAAACAAAGCAAAACCAGCUUCCAAAACAAUAGAGAGGAGAAGAAGUGGAAUCAGUGUGCAUGUGUCUGUGAUGUGUCUCCUGAUGAAACGCCAACUGAACCGCUGAAGUUUCAGGUUAGCAGCAGCCAAGUGACAGAGGAGUCUCAGGGCUUUGAAAAGCUCUCAGAUGUUCUGAGGGAGGUGGUGAAAACACUGACUCUGCUCCACAACAGCAGGAACGAGGGAGGAAAGCACGGUUACUGGACCAGAAAAACUAAAACAAUCAACAAAGUUUUCUUCAUUUUUUACAUCAUAUCUGCCAGUCUGUUUCUAUUCUGUAUGUUCUUCAACUGGAGCUAUGCAGAGGAAUUAUAGUGCUGUAUAAUAAUGUAUGUGAUUGAGAAAAAGUCCAAUACCUGGUAUGAAAUCGUGACCAAGGAAACAUUUCCUUUUAUGUGUGUAUCUGAACACAAAUGUACUUGUAGUCACCUGGAGCCAGGUUCCGCCAGCUAUCUGUAAACCCUUCACUAAGUUACUGCCCAGUUUCAUACUGCUGAUUUACUAAAUGCAGUUGCACUAAAUGUAAAGUCUCAUCUGGUAUAGAACGUUUCACAUAGAGAGGAGAUUUGGGAGAUUUGUUUUCACAGCCAGCACAUAUUCUGAUCAGAGUUUUAAUGCUGUGAUUGAUCAGUGUAUGUUGCUCUUCAGUAGUGUUGUCUGCAUGUUUUACACACUGCUGCACAUUUAGCACAUACAUUCAGUAUUAGUCUAUGACUAGUCUGGUUGCAUUAUAAUAUUCUACAUUUAUGUCAUAAAAUAGCAGAUUUACUAUAUGCUGAUGUAUGAUAUAAACAAAUCCAAACAUUCAAUUAAAUCCAACAAAUAGAUCAUUUAUGAAAAAAUUAAGCAUGCCGCUGAUAAUAACAGCCCUGUCACCUAACUGACAGGAAAACAUGUAUCAGCCUUUUAAAGCAGAAAUAAAUGAU